AUGGAAGCCGAGGGCUCCGAGACUGGGGCCAAAGAGUCCCUGGUGAGGCGCGCGUGUGACCAAUGCCGUCUCCGCAAGAAAAUUGACCUGAUUGACGAGCGCUUGGGGAACAUUGAGGAAAUUCUCCAUGACUUGAGGUCUAGCGCGUCCCCAAAGGCGAGCAGUACGCCGUACUAUCCACUGCCGUCAGGGUCUAAGCGAAGGACCUCCUUCACUUCUAGCCCUACAAAUACUUUAGACCAACAUGAACCCCUGCCUGCAUUUGAGGGGAGCUCCUCUUUUACCGCUCACUCCGCCUACGCCAGUCAGUUCCUAGAACGUGCCGUCUCCAAGGGCCAACUGCAAAUGUCCACCCCGAAGAUGGAAGCGGCCCUCUCGACCCUAAAGCAGAUUGUAAAUCUGCAGGACAGUAAAACCCACUCGACGAAACGCAGUGACUGGCUUCCGGGCCGGAGAGUGUCCUCUUCGUUACGGGAGCUGCCUCUGCCCCCAGUGGACAUCGUUUUGCCAAUAUUGAGAGAAAUCAAAGAAAAGCCUUUGCCUUGGAUGCAGGGUAUGCCCUUCAUUGGAGCCGACCGUUUGAUUGAGAAAUGUCGCGAGGUCUUCUUCGCUACCGAGGACUUUUCAGACGAGGCUUUUAUCAUAGCCAACGGAGGACUGUAUUUUAUAUUCGCCGAGUGCAUGUUCGGGGACAAGGAUAACAAGAGGGAAACCUAUCGAAAAUGUAUGGAGAUCGCUCGCACCAAUCUUCAUUAUGGCCUGGCCAAUCUGAGUCUCCUCAUGCCGGCAACCGCGGAUACAAUCACCGCACUUGCUCUGGGCGCGAUUCAUGCUAUUGAAAUAUCCAAGCCCUCGUUCGCCCUGACUCUCACUUCGACUGCGUCUCAUCUGUGUCAGACCCUGGGUUACCAUCGGGUAUCGUCAAUGGAGCAUGAUACCGAGAGCGUCAGGCAGGAUAAAAUUAAUCUUUUCUGGACAAUUUAUUCCAUCGACAAGGCCUUGUCUCUUCGGUUAGGUCGCGCAGCUACUAUACAAGACUAUGACAUCUCCGUUCCAAUAACCCCAUAUAUUUUUGGGAAUGUGGAACCAUGGAGCACCAUAUAUACUCUAUGGAUCCAUCACGCCAGAAUACAGGGGAAUGUGUACGAGCAGCUCUACAGCCCGAAGGCAUUGAAUCAGCCCGAAGAACAGAGGGUGAUACAAGCGCGUAAACUGGCUGCUGACUUGCAAUGGACGGUGAUGGAACCCCACAAGAGGGAAAUCGAUCGCGAAAAAUUGACUCCCGACGAUAUUAUUGCUGUCAAGGCAGAUGAAGUCACCCAUUUCGCGCUCCUGACCAUGAUAUACAGAGCCAUCCCGGCACAAGACGGCUCUUCGGGGACGUUCAUCAGCGAGUGCAUCGAAUCAGCUCGGUCCGCCCUCGAAUGCCACCAGCAGUCUAUGGAAAUGUUGAAGGAGCGGAAUGAAAGCCAGAUCGUCCUCACAUAUCUGCAUUGGUAA